AGUGAGAAAGAUGUAUCUGGAAAAAUAUAAGGAGCAUCCCUGAAAUGAAGAAGAAACAGCAUAACAAUGACUUUCAGACGCUUGAAUGGACCUCUUCAGAAAAAUACUGAUCUCCUCAUAUUUUGGAUUCUGGCUAUAUUAUCAUGAAUGACACGUUGACCUUAGAUGUCAUUGGUCGACGAGUUGAAGUUAAUGGAGAACAUGCAACAGUGCGUUUUUCUGGUGUUGUCCCUCCUGUGGCAGGACUCUGGCUAGGAGUGGAAUGGGACAAUCCCGCGAGAGGAAAGCAUGAUGGAAGCCAUGAAGGGAUUGUGUAUUUUAAAUGCAGGCACCCAACAGGAGGAUCCUUUGUUCGUCCAAACAAAGUAAAUUUUGGAGUAGACUUUCUCACUGCAGUGAAUAAUCGCUACGUGUUAGAAGAUGGACCAGAGGAAGAUGGAAAAGAGCAACCUGUUACAAUUGGAAAUAAACCUGUGGAAACUAUUGGUUUUGACUCUGUCAUAAAACAGCAAAGUCAGCUGAGCAAGCUGCAGGAAGUUUCUCUGAGGAACUGCGUGGUGAGUUGUGCUGGCGACAAAGGAGCAGUUGCCAAAGCGUGUCCUAAUAUCAGAAGGGUAGAUUUGUCAAGAAACCUGCUGUCCUCAUGGGAUGAAGUCCUAACUAUUGCUGAUCAGCUCAAACACCUGGAAGUUCUCAAUCUCAGUGAGAACAAACUACACUUUCCCUCGGGUUCACCAUCUCUAGCUGGAACAUUUCCUGCACUGAAGGUUUUGGUUCUUAACCGAACAGGAAUAACGUGGGCUGAGGUGCUGCGGUGCGCCCCCGGGUGGCCGGUCCUGGAGGAGCUGUACCUCAAGUCUAACGACAUCUCCAUUUCAGAAAGGCCGGCGGAUGUUCUACAGACGGUCAAGUUGUUAGACCUUUCCUCUAAUCCAUUAAUUGAUGAAAAUCAGCUGUUUCUCAUAGCGUAUCUCCCCAGAUUAGAACAACUAAUCCUUUCUGACGUCGGAAUUUCUUCUAUACAUUUUCCGGAUGCAGGAACUGGGUGCAAAACAUCAAUGUUUCCUUCCUUGCAAUACCUUGUAGUAAAUGACAAUCAGAUCUCACAAUGGUCAUUUAUCAAUGAGCUGGAUAAGUUACAGAGUCUGCGUGCUCUGUCCUGCGUAAGAAACCCCCUGACGGAAGGAGGCAGCGGACCACAGACCACACGCCAGUUCAUCAUCGCCAAAAUCGGUCAGCUGAAGACCCUGAACAAAUGUGAGAUUCUACCAGAGGAAAGGCGUGGGGCUGAGCUUGAUUACCGAAAAGCAUUUGGAAAUGAAUGGAAAAAGGCUGGCGGACAUCAGGAUCCAGCCAAAAACAGGCCAAGUGAAGAAUUUCUUGCAGCCCAUCCCAGAUACCAGUCGCUCUGCCUGAAAUAUGGUGCACCUGAAGACGGGGAACUCAAAACACGACAGCCGUUUUUGCUCAAAAACCAGCUACUAACACUGAAGAUAAAAUAUCCUAAUCAGGUUGAUCAGAAAGUCACAGAAAAACAACUGCCAGACUCCAUGACCAUUCAGAAGGUGAAGGGACUGCUGUCACGUCUUCUCAAAGUUCCUGUGUCAGAACUUCUGCUGUCCUACGAAAGUCCCAAAGUAAGUUGCCCAGCGAAACACAGAGUCAAGCUUAGGUCCCCGCCCCCCCCCCCCCGUAAGACGCGUCAUUCAGCUGGGGCUCUUUGUGACUCGGCUGGAUUCUCGGUGAAAAACAGACAUCUUUGAUGUAUUAACCCUUUGUUCUGUUUUUAGAUGCCUGGCAGAGAGAUUGAGCUAGAAAAUGACCAGCAGUCAUUACAGUUCUAUUCUGUGGAAAACGGAGACUACCUGUUAGUGCGAUGGUAACAGCCAACUAAUCAAGUUCAGAGACUCCACUGUUUUAUCAUGACUGGGGUUCACUGGAAAGGAAUGAUUCUCUGGAACAAUUCUGUCAGAAGAAGAGGUUUUACAACUUGCCCUAAGUAGAGAAAAAGUGGUAUUUUUCAUUGGGAAGAGACCAUUUCUAGGCAUAUAUAUAACAGUAGGUGCAAAGCCUUGGUUACUGCUAAUGACUUUCUGAUUUCAUUUCAUAUUUAUAGUUCAUGGCUACUUUAAAUAUUAAAUAGAACCUAGCUAGUCUAAUGAAAUCUGAACACAGUUAAGGUCCAGCAUAAGACCAGUUUUAAUGGAAUUCCACUGUUACUACUAGUUUAAAAGGUUACCAAAAGGACUUGGAAGGUCAUUUUGGAAAAUGUCCCUUGAACUCAGGGAGGCACCUCUUCUGUGUGUAACGCAUAUGCUAUGAUCUCUCUUCUCUGCUGCACUAUUUUUAGAGUACUUGCAAAAAUGAAUCCCAUGCUUUUUCCUGCAGCUGCACCUACACUGGGCAUAUAUUCUUCUACAGAUGACGACCAGCUCCGAUGGGAAUUCACGUGUAGUAGGGAACCAUCGGGCAAUGACAGGAGGAAAGCAAAACUCAUUUGAAGUGUCAACUGUUUAAGCAGUAUCCUUCCCUAUGUCACUAAAACCCUGAGAGGUAUUUGACUUAUAUCCACAUUUUAGUUUUUUUUUUUUUUUUCAAUAGUACCAGACUGCGACCUUCAGGAUUUGUGUUAAAUGGCAAAAGAAAACUUGAAUUAGCCCACUUAAUAAGUGAACUUGAAAACCAAAGUCCUGAACCGAGUGGAUUGGUUCCUUUUCAAGUUGCCCACUUCAGACAUUUCCAGAAACCCCAAGCUUUGGUAUCAGUGACCACACAGCAUUCUGUGAGUUCUUUUUGGCCCUUAAUUAUCCUCAUUAGGCUUUAUGGAACUAUUCUGUAUUCCAGGUUGAAAUUCACGUUCUCUGUCAUUACUCAAGAUUUCUGAACUAGGCCAAAUUUUCACCAAAAGUGAUAGUAAUGAAUUAUAAACUAGAAAUGAUACAUCAGCUUUUAGAAACUUUUUUGUUUUAUAAAACAAUUUGGUAUUUCUCAAAUGUUCUUCCAAUACAGAAAUAAAAUUUUUCUUAUGCUACA